GUUCUACCGUAACUGAACCGGGCAGACAGAAGGGUGAGAGGGUGGAGGAUCAGACACGCACUGGAUUAUUAAAGAUUAGCAUUCUGCCAGUGCAGCAGCAGCAGCAUCGGACCGGUAGCUUCUCUGACUCCUCUAGACUCCACUGGACCCUUCUCUCUCCUCACCAUGGCCGAGACUAAAGGGAAGUUUGAUUUUGCCAUCGACCGUGGCGGGACGUUUACAGAUGUGUUUGCCCGGCUGCCUGAUGGUCGUGAGAGAGUCCUGAAGCUGCUUUCCAGGGACCCCCAGAACUACAAAGAUGCUCCCACUGAGGGUAUUCGUAGAAUCUUGGAGGAGGAAACAGGACAAGUUUUUCCUCGGGAGCAGCCUGUAGACACCUCUCUGAUUGGCUGGAUCAGAAUGGGCACCACAGUGGCAACCAAUGCACUGCUGGAGAGGGACGGAGAAAGGACGGCGCUUCUGGUCACAAAGGGCUUUAAGGACUUGCUGCAUAUCGGCACACAGGCCAGGCCGAAGCUGUUUGAUUUGGAAGUUGCGGUGCCAGAUGUGCUGUAUGAAGAGGUAAUUGAGGUGGAUGAGCGAGUUGUUCUCAAGCAAGACGACUGCGAGCUGCCAGGGAAUCAUCCCAAGCGUUUGGUAACAGGCAAGACGUGGGAUACUCUGGAGGUGUGGAAGGAGCUCGAUCUGGAGAAAGUGGAAAAAGACCUGCGAGGAGUUCUGUCCCGCGGCAUCACCAGCCUGGCAGUUCUUCUGCUGCAUUCGUACACAUGGUCUGUUCAUGAGGAAGCCGUUGGGUCUCUGGCAUGUCGUCUGGGCUUCACCCAGGUGUCUCUCUCCAGUGAGGUCAUGCCGAUGGUGCGGGCCGUCCCUCGUGGCUACACGGUCUGCGCCGACGCCUACCUCACACCCAAAAUUCAUCAGUAUUUAAAAGGCUUCACCUCUGGCUUCAAAGGUGCUCUUAAGGACGUGGAUGUCUUGUUCAUGCAGUCAGAUGGAGGUUUGACUCCCAUGGAGCAGUUCUGCGGUUCUCGGGCCGUUCUGUCCGGCCCAGCAGGGGGUGUGGUGGGAUACGCUAUCACCUCCUACAGCCAAAUGGAGAAAAAGCCAGUAAUUGGCUUUGACAUGGGCGGAACUUCCACUGAUGUGAGUCGUUAUGCAGGACAGUAUGAGCACGUGUUUGAGGCGACCACAGCUGGAGUCACCCUGCAGGCCCCUCAGCUGGACAUCAACACUGUGGCUGCAGGAGGAGGAUCUCGACUGUUUUUCAGAUCGGGGAUGUUUGUAGUUGGACCAGAGUCUGCAGGCGCACAUCCAGGACCGGCUUGCUACAGAAAAGGUGGCCCUUUGACUGUGACUGAUGCUAACUUAGCUCUGGGUCGCCUCCUUCCUUCCUUUUUCCCAAAAAUCUUUGGACCUGGGGAGAAUGAGUCCUUGUCCUCAGAGGAAACCAUGAAGCAUUUCCGCCAUCUCACUGAGGAGAUCAACCUCUUCCUGUCUUCUAACCAAUCGCAGAUGGGGGAAAAUGGGGCCAGCAACCCGCAGAGCAGCAUGUUAACGAGCAGCCAAUCAAAGAUGACUGUGGAGGACGUUGCCAUGGGAUUUGUUCGUGUUGCAAAUGAGGCAAUGUGUCGGCCAAUCAGAGCUCUUACACAGGCCAAAGGUCAUGAUACAUCUCAACAUGUGCUGGCAUGUUUUGGGGGUGCAGGUGGCCAACAUGCCUGUGCUAUAGCCCGAGCCCUGGGAAUGAAGACUGUCUUUAUACACAAGUACAGUGGUGUGCUGUCAGCCUACGGUCUGGCUCUGGCAGAUGUGGUGGAGGAGGUGCAGGAGCCGUGCUCGCUGCGGUAUGAGCAGCAGUCUUUCAGCAUGCUGGACCGGAGCGUGGAGCAGCUCACCCAACGCUGCCACGACACUCUCUGUGGACGAGGAUUCACCAGCGGCCAGAUAACCACUGAGGUUUUCCUCCACCUGCGUUAUGAAGGUACCGACUGCGCCCUCAUGGUUACUACUGCCGGUUACCCCAGCAACGCUGAGUCCUGUCAAGCUGGCGACUUCCGCAGGGCCUUCACCAAACGUUACCUGAAGGAGUUUGGCUUCACUAUCCCAGACAGACCCAUCAUGGUGGAUGACAUCAGAGUGAGGGGUUGUGGGAAAUCUGGUAUCAAAUCAGUACAUAAACCAAAGAUGGGACAGAAACAAGCCAAACCUGUGACGAUGACCAAAUGUUACUUUGAGGGUGGUUACCUUGACACUGCUGUGUAUUUAUGGGAGGAUCUGCCAUGGGGUCUCAGCAUCCAAGGACCAGCCAUCAUCAUUGACAAAAACAGCACCAUCCUGGUGGAGCCUUGCUGUGAGGCUUGUCUCACAGAAGGGGGUGACGUUUGCAUGACAGUGGGUUCAGAUCCUCACUGCGCUCUCGGCACCGAGCUUAACACUGUGCAGCUCUCAAUCUUCUCCCACCGCUUCAUGAGCAUAGCAGAGCAGAUGGGCAGAGUCUUGCAAAGAACCUCCAUCUCAACAAAUAUCAAGGAGCGUCUGGACUUCUCCUGUGCUGUGUUUGGACCAGAUGGAGGUCUGGUGUCCAAUGCGCCUCAUAUCCCUGUCCACCUGGGAGCCAUGCAAGAAACUGUGCAGUAUCAGAUCAGAUCACAGGGGAACAAGCUGAAAGAAGGGGAUGUUAUUCUAAGUAACCAUCCGUGUGCUGGUGGCAGUCAUCUCCCAGACCUCACAGUCAUCACACCGGUGUUUCGUAAAGGGGUGAGCAAGCCUGUGUUCUUCGUAGCCAGCAGGGGGCAUCAUGCUGACAUAGGAGGCAUUACUCCAGGCUCAAUGCCCCCCCACUCAACCUCCCUCCAGCAGGAGGGUGCUGUCUUCAUUUCCUUCAAGCUUGUCACUGGGGGAGUUUUCCAGGAUGAAGCUGUUACUGAGGCUCUGAUGGCUCCGGCCCAGUACCCGGGCUGCUCUGGGACUCGUAAUCUCCACGACAACCUGUCAGACCUGCGGGCUCAGGUGGCGGCCAAUCAGAGAGGCAGCCAGCUGGUGGGAGAGCUGAUUGACAGCUACGGGUUGGCUGUGGUUCAGGCUUACAUGGGGUACAUCCAGAGCAACGCUGAGCUGGCAGUGAGGGACAUGCUGAAAGAGUUUGCACGUCACAGGGAACAAAAAACUGGCUCCUUGGAGGUGAAGUCAGAAGAUUUUAUGGAUGAUGGGACUCCAAUCAGAUUGCGAGUUCAGAUUAAUGAAGAAGAGGGAAGUGCAGUGUUUGACUUCUCAGGGACGGGUACUGAAGUGUGGGGGAACUGCAAUGCUCCACGGGCCAUCACCUUGUCUGCUCUCAUCUACUGCUUGCGCUGCAUGGUCGGGCAAGAUAUUCCUCUCAAUCAGGGUUGUCUUGCACCAAUCAAAGUCAUCAUCCCCCCUGGCUCCAUCCUCCAGCCUUCCCAGAAUGCAGCCGUUGUUGGAGGAAAUGUGCUCACAUCCCAGAGAGUAGUUGAUGUCAUCUUCAAGGCAUUUGAGGUGUGCGCUGCCUCACAGGGCUGCAUGAACAACAUUUCAUUUGGCAGCGAGACGGUCGGUUAUUAUGAGACGGUUGCUGGCGGUGCUGGGGCGGGGCCCGGCUGGAAUGGGCGGAGUGGAGUUCACAGUCACAUGACUAACACUCGCAUCACUGAUCCAGAGAUUUUGGAGAAGAGGUAUCCAGUCAUUUUGGAACAGUUCUCUCUGCGGCCGGGCUCAGGAGGUGCAGGGAAGUACCGUGGUGGGGACGGUGUUAUCCGUAAGCUCCUGUUCAGGAAGAAGGUUGUCCUGUCUGUGCUGACAGAGCGGAGAGCCACUUGUCCUUAUGGCCUUCAAGGGGGUGAAGAUGGGGCUGCAGGGCUGAAUCAUCUCCACAGAGCUGACGGUCGAGUCCUCAACCUGGGAGCCAAAACCAGCAUCAGCCUUCAGCCAGGGGACAUGUUCUGCCUCUACACCCCUGGAGGAGGUGGCUACGGAAAAGAGGAAGACACCUCGAGCAGUACACCUCAGAGCAAGCGGCGGCGCUUGAAUGAAACAUUUCCCGAGAGAGGGAGCGUAUUUGAAUACCGAAUAGCACAAGAGGGAGUGUGAAGGCAAAAUGAGAUGGAGUGGAUGCAGGUGGAGGUCUUUAGAGCAAGGGUGUCCAAAGUUGGUCCUUGAGGGCCGGAGGACAGGUUUUCAGUGUUUUCCUGCUCCAACACACCUUACUCAAAUUAAAAGGAUCCAACAGCCUGUAAAGUUCUGCACAAUUUCUCAUUGUUUUGAGUCAAGGGUUCUGGAGCAGGGAAACAUAAAAAAACCUGCAGAAUUGAGGCUCCUCAAGGACAGGAGGUGGACACCCCUGCCUUAGAAGAUCGCAGACACAAUGAGUCAGGAUUUUUUGUCAAAAGAUGCAAUGAUUCUUAGAACGAUUACAGUUAAACAGCGAUAGCAACAGUGUCAGUAUUGUACUGUAAGGAAAUGAAGGCACAUACGUGUAGUCUGGCGUUUUAUGGUUUUUACCAUAACACGGGUAGAAUGGAAAAGAAAAGUUUUAACAUAGUGUUAUACAGUACCUGUAAGUAAAAUACAGGUGUAACAUAUUAUACAGACUCAGCUAACAAGCCACGUAAAAGCUAAUUAUUUCCUUUAACAAACUAAAAUGGUGUCAGAAAAGAUGCCAGAUUGACUCUGCGUUUGUAUUUGAUGUUAGAAUCGUUUUCUGAUAUUUGUACACAUUUUGUAAUAGCAUUUUGAUCAAGUAUAUUUAACUGUACAUUAAAAGCCUAGGUUUUCCAUAAUAGGUAACACACAGUGUAUUUUGCAUGCUGAAUUGCUUUCUUUUUAUAGAUACAAAAUAAAACCAAUCAGGUGUAGCAGCUGUUCCGCUGUUUUAACUAAUAGUCUAAAACUAGUGUUGUGAUUUUAUUUUAUAGAGACAAAUAAACC